UCUCGGACGAUGAUGACUGGAAGAUCACAACGCUCUCCACAACGCUCUCCACGACGCACGACGCCAAAACCCAGUGAAGCACUCGCAGUUCAACAACAACAAAAGACGCUGCCGCGACAUUAGCACCACCGCAGGUAGCACCACUGAGAAUACCAACCAAAGGCUUCUACCGCGUAGACAUUAACCAUGAACCCAGGGGAUGCUGAACAUGGAUCUCCAAAGCAACAGGGCUCUCCGAAGCAGCAUGGCUCUCAGAAAAAGCAGGGCUCGCAACAGCAGAUGAUCCCCCCCGAAAGGGAUCUCUGUGCGGGAACUGAUGAUGGAAUUUCUCCUACGGGUACCCAAUCAGGCCAAAAAAGACAACGAAAUUCAAGUAAAAAACAACAAAAACAACCAGAGAAGAAGAAGAAGAGGAAGCCCAUCAGAUACUGCGAGAAGCCUGACUGCUGGAUACCACAUUCUGGGAAGGGUCCGGAUGGGUCUCGCUAUUGUCUUGAGCACAGAGAAGAGUAUAAAAAGCAGCUACGACCAGAUGUCCAGCCAACGUUACCCAUGAACCUAGGCGAUGUCAAUGCGGAUGAUGGAAACGCUCCUACCCUACAACAACCCGUGAAGAAGCGGAAGAGAAAACCCAAGAAGUGCUGCCAGAAGCCUGACUGCUGGAUUCCCCAUUCUGGAAAAGGUCCCGAUGGAUCAAAAUUUUGCCUUGAACACAGGGAAGAGUAUGAAAAGCAGCUACAUCCAGAUGAUUUUCAACCAGCACCACCAUGACAUCGGGGCAAACCAACCUGCAGACAUUGUGGUUUGGAUCCUGUGGCUGCCAGACAAACGAUGGCCUGUUCCUGUGCACCAAACACAGGCUGAGAGAAUAAUAAUAACAGGAAAAUCAAGCAUCGGACCAAGAAGGACAUGGAAGGGAAGGGAGUUCUUCGUCUCAAGCAAUCUCUGGGGAAAGGAGAAGACAGAUUGGCGGAGUGAAAGUUGUUGAAAGAAUCCUGCACAACUCGAUCAUUACUAUGACGAUUUAAAGCAUUGGAUGCGCUACUGGAGGCUGGUGCCGAGUAGAAAUUUGUACGGUCCCCCCCCACGAACGCGAGCUUUCUUGAUGUGAUACUUCCUGAACGUAUGGCCGUUGCUUACUUUGGAUUACAUGCCGUAUGAGUGAGAGGCUACAACGAGGCCAAGCCAGGUCGUUUUUGCUAGCAAUCUUUACUAAUAUAAGAAAGCAAACAAGGAGUGAGAAGCCAAUAGGUUUCUUUCGCAGGUAUCCCCGC